AUGGAGUCUUUGGCGCCUGGGCAGCUCGGUCGCGCAGACGGCCCGCUCGUGUGGAUUGACUGUGAGAUGACGGGGUUGGACCCGCGUUCGGACCGGCUUCUUGAGAUUGCUGUAUUGAUCACGAACGGCAAUCUGGAGGUCGUCGACGAAGGCGUCGAUCUGGUGAUUCAGACUGAGAAGAACGUCUUGGACCACAUGAAUGAGUGGUGCAUCAAGCAACACGGACAAUCUGGGCUGACUCAGGCUUGCUUGAGCUCUCCUCACUCUCAUGAUCAAGUAGAGAAGACGGUGCUAGAUUACAUCAAGUCGCGUAUCCCACACAAGGGCACUGCUUGUCUCGCGGGCAACUCAGUACACGCAGACAAGAUGUUCUUGGACGCGUAUAUGCCAUCUAUCACCGACUGGCUGCAUUACAGGAUUGUUGAUGUGUCUACAAUUAAGGAACUUCACUGGCGGUGGUUUCCGCAGAAGCCGUACCAGAAGAAAGUCAGCGCUCAUAGAGCGUUGGACGACAUCCGCGGGUCCAUUUCAGAAUUGAAGUGGUAUAGAGAGAACGUAUUCAGGGAUCCUGAGAGCGUCUAG